ACUUCAGGCCCGUUGGUUUCCUGUCUAAAAGCAUUAUUACUUUUGUCCAUGUGGCAAAAUAAUUAGCAUACAGAUGAGAAGUGAUCCUGUCUCUGAGCCUCGGUAGCAAGAGAAGAUGUGCAGAGAAAAGUUGAUUGGAUGAAUGGAGAACAAAUGGUGGGCGUUCAAAAGCAUUAGAAGAGUUUUGUUUUCUUGGAGCAGGUUUGUCAAUUUUCUGGGUGAAUCUCUUAAGAUGGAAGGCAGGGUGGCUGGUGCUGAAAUGAUUGCCUGACAGACUGUGGCCUAGUUUAAGGUGCAGAAUUGGACUGCAAUGCAUAGAUAAUUCAUUUGGACUACUUUGUUUUGCAAUUCUUCAGCUUUCCCUUUGACAUUCCCUAAAGAAAAUGAAUCUGGAGGAAAAUUGGUGAAUCCAAUCCAGUGGACCUACAAGCACCCUAACAGGCUCAGAAAGCAGAGUCUGGACCAAAGAGCAAUUACCCCACCAAACGAUUUCAGAUGGAGGUGGAUGCAGACGAGAAGCGCCAUCGCACACGCUCCAAAGGUGUUCGAGUUCCCGUGGAACCAGCCAUACAAGAGCUGUUCAGCUGUCCUACUCCUGGUUGUGAUGGCAGUGGUCAUGUUAGUGGCAAAUAUGCAAGACAUAGAAGCGUUUAUGGCUGUCCUUUGGCAAAAAAAAGAAAAACACAAGAUAAGCAACCCCAAGAACCUGCUCCCAAAAGAAAACCCUUUGUGGUUAAAACAGACAACUCUUCAGUAGAUGAGUGUUAUGAAACUGAUGGAACAGAGGAGAUGGAUGAAAAGGAGGAGGAAGAAGAGGAAGAGGAAGAGGAGGAGUAUUCUGAUGACAAUGAAGGUGAUGAGGAGGAGGAGGAGGAAGAAAUAGAUCGAGAAGAGGAAGAGGAGAUUGAAGAGGAAGAAGAGGAGGAUGAAGAGGAAGCAGAAGAUGUGGAGGAGGAGGAGGAGGAGGAGGAAGAGGAGGAGGAGGAGGAAGAACGUGAAAGAAAUCUCCGUUGGAGGAGCUCCAGGAACGGAUGUUCCAAGGCACCAUUUAGCCUAUAUCACAUGAAGACAUUCAAGAUGGCUUGUACUCCAGAAGACCAUCAAAUGAAUUGUCACAAUACUCGAAUAAUGCAAGACACAGAAAAAGAUGAUAACAAUAAUGAUGAGUAUGAUAAUUAUGAUGAACUGGUGGCCAAGUCAUUGUUAAAUCUUGGCAAAAUUGCAGAGGAUGCAGCAUACAGAGCCAGGACAGAAUCAGAAAUGAACAGCAAUACAUCUAAUAGUCUGGAAGAUGAUAGUGACAAAAAUGAAAAUAUUGGUCGGAAAAGUGAGCUGAGUUUAGAUUUAGACAGUGAUGUUGUUAGGGAAACAGUGGACUCCCUUAAAUUAUUAGCACAAGGACAUGGUGUAGUGCUUUCAGAAAACAUUAAUGACAGAAAUUAUGCAGACAAUAUUUCACAGCAAGAUAACAGGAAUAUGAACUUUGUAAUGCUAGGUAAGCCUAUGAACAAUGGACUUAUGGAAAAAAUGGUGGAGGAGAGUGAUGAAGAGGUGUGUCUCAGCAGUUUGGAAUGCUUAAGGAACCAGUGUUUUGAUCUGGCUAGGAAACUUAGUGAGACGAAUCCACAGGAAAGAAAUCAGCAGCAAAAUAUGAAUGCUCGUCAACAUGUCAGGCAAGAAGAUGACUUCCAAGGAAGAACCCCAGAUCGGAAUUACUCUGACAUGAUGAACUUAAUGAGGCUUGAAGAACAGUUGAGUCCCAGAUCUAGAACUUUUUCUAGCUGUGCAAAGGAGGAUGGGUGUCAUGAAAGAGAUGAUGAUACCACCUCUAUUACUUCGGACAGGUCUGAAGAAGUUUUUGAUAUGACAAAAGGUAACUUAACCCUGCUUGAGAAAGCUAUUGCUUUGGAAACUGAGAGAGCAAAAGCCAUGAGGGAAAAAAUGGCAAUGGAAGCUGGAAGGAGGGAUAAUAUGAGAUCAUUUGAGGAGCAGCCUCCGCGACAACUUUCUGGGGAUGACAGGAAGCCUAAAUCCAGUGACGGCCAUGUCAAAAAGCCAUAUUAUGGUAAAGAUCCCUCAAGAACAGAAAAGAAAGAGAGCAAAUGUCCUACCCCUGGGUGUGAUGGAACUGGCCAUGUAACGGGGCUUUACCCCCAUCACCGCAGUUUGUCAGGAUGCCCACACAAAGAUAGGGUCCCUCCAGAAAUUCUUGCCAUGCAUGAAAAUGUUCUUAAGUGUCCUACACCAGGCUGCACAGGUCGGGGCCACGUAAAUAGCAACAGGAAUUCUCACAGAAGCCUCUCUGGAUGUCCUAUUGCUGCAGCAGAGAAACUGGCUAAAGCUCAAGAGAAGCAUCAGAGCUGUGAUGUGUCAAAAUCAAACCAGGCAUCAGAUCGGGUUUUAAGGCCCAUGUGCUUUGUUAAGCAAUUGGAGAUCCCUCAGUAUGGCUACAGAAACAAUGUCCCCACCACCACACCCCGCUCCAACUUGGCCAAGGAACUAGAGAAAUACUCUAAGACUUCGUUUGAAUAUAACAGUUAUGACAACCAUGCCUAUGGCAAGAGAGCCAUAGCUCCCAAGGUGCAAUCCAGGGAUAUAUCCCCCAAAGGAUAUGAUGCUAAACGUUAUUGUAAGAAUUCAAGCCCAACCAGCAGCACAACAAGCAGUUAUGCCCCUAGCAGCAGCAGCAAUAUGAGUUGUGGUGGAGGCAGCAGUGCCAGCAGUACCUGCAGCAAGAGCAGCUUUGAUUAUACUCAUGACAUGGAGGCAGCACACAUGGCUGCCACUGCUAUUCUGAAUCUCUCCACUCGCUGCAGGGAGAUGCCUCAGAACCUCUCCACUAAACCUCAGGAUCUCUGUGCCCGGAAUCCUGAUAUGGAAGUAGAUGAAAAUGGAACCUUGGAUCUAAGCAUGAACAAACAGAGACAGCGAGAUGGUUGCUGUACCAUUUUGACACCACUGGAGCCGAUGUCACCACAACGACAAGCUGUGAUGAAUAAUCGGUGUUACCAGCUGAAUGAGAGUGACUGCUGGGACUUGCCAGUGGACUACACUAAAAUGAAGCCCAGAAGGAUAGAUGAAGAUGAUUCCAAAGAGAUUAAUCCAGAAGACUUGGAUCCUUUCCAAGAGGCACUUGAAGAACGAAGGUAUCCUGGUGAAGUUACAAUCCCAAGCCCUAAACCCAAAUACCCUCAGUGCAAAGAGAGCAAAAAGGAUUUAAUAACAUGUCCAACACCAGGGUGUGAUGGGAGUGGUCAUGUGACUGGUAAUUACGCCUCACAUAGAAGUCUUUCUGGCUGCCCCUUGGCUGACAAAAGCAUUCGAAGUAUGCUGGCCACAAGCUCACAAGAACUCAAGUGUCCGACCCCUGGUUGUGAUGGCUCUGGGCACAUUACUGGGAAUUAUGCUUCACAUCGAAGUCUCUCAGGUUGUCCAAGAGCAAAGAAAAGUGGAAUCAGGAUAGCACAAAGCAAGGAAGACAAAGAAGACCAAGAGCCAAUUAGAUGUCCAGUUCCUGGUUGUGAUGGUCAGGGUCAUAUAACUGGAAAGUAUGCAUCCCAUCGCAGUGCAUCAGGGUGCCCUCUAGCUGCCAAAAGGCAGAAGGAUGGGUACUUAAAUGGCUCGCAGUUCUCUUGGAAGUCAGUGAAGACGGAAGGUAUGUCAUGUCCAACUCCAGGAUGUGAUGGCUCGGGACAUGUCAGUGGUAGUUUUCUUACUCAUCGUAGUCUAUCAGGAUGCCCCAGAGCCACUUCCGCCAUGAAGAAAGCAAAGCUGUCUGGAGAACAGAUGCUAACAAUAAAGCAACGGGCCAGUAAUGGUAUAGAAAAUGAUGAAGAAAUUAAGCAGCUAGAUGAAGAAAUCAAGGAACUAAAUGAAUCCAAUUCCCAGAUGGAAGCUGAUAUGAUUAAACUCAGAACUCAGAUUACCACAAUGGAGAGCAACUUGAAGACGAUAGAAGAGGAGAACAAAGUAAUUGAACAGCAAAAUGAGUCUCUUCUUCAUGAACUGGCCAAUUUAAGCCAGUCUUUAAUUCAUAGUCUAGCUAAUAUCCAGCUGCCACAUAUGGAACCAAUCAAUGAACAAAAUUUUGAUGCUUACGUGACCACUUUGACGGACAUGUAUACAAAUCAAGAUCGUUAUCAGAGUCCAGAAAAUAAAGCCCUACUGGAAAAUAUAAAGCAGGCUGUGAGAGGAAUUCAGGUCUGAACAGCUGCUAUAGUGGUGAAAGUCUUGCUUAAAAAAAGGAUGCCUCUUGUUUUUUGCUGCUGUAAUUUACCAGAAAGUGUUAUAUAUUUAUUUCUGUUUGAAACAGUGUUAUGCUUACAAGACUUCAUAAUGAUUUUAUGUCUUGCUUUAAAGAUAGUAACUGCAGAAUAGUUUUUUGAAUACAUUCACAUUUUGUACGUUUUCAUAUAAGCUGACAUAGUGUGAUAUGCCAUGUAAUGUUUAUAGCUGCUAAUGUAUGCACAUUUUUGGGGUAUAUAUAUUUCUGAAGAGGUAAGCUGAUCGAAAUAAAUAGAGUGUAAAUUCUUUUUAAUGCUUUAGUGAUUAAAUGUUUUAGUAUUUUGAACUGAAAUGGACAAAAAAAACAGCUUUGAAUGACAAUGUUGCAGUCUGCAGCCACUUUUUAAACACUUUAUCAUUUUGCCUCAUGUUGGAGGAUUUUAUGGGAUUUAAGAAAUACAUUUUGUGUGCAUAUUGUUUCAUAGCAAGAAUUGGUUGCAAAAAUGCUUUAUUUUUGAACAAUGCUUGAAAAUAUUAUGUGACUUUUGUUUUCAGAGGAUGGUGUGCGGUGGGGGCAAUAAAAUGAGGUUUUUUGAAAUCCAAGAAAAUGGCAUGGAUUAGAUGUAAGAUACAAAAUGGGUAAUUUAUUGUAAGACAACAUCAAGCCAUGGAAACUUGACAGAAGAUUCAAAGCAGCUUAAACAGCACUUUUUAAUUAACUUCUAAGCAUUACAUGGUAUGACUAUGGGAACUUCCAUUAUGAAAGGAACUAUAUCAGAGGUGGACAACCUGAAGAUUUCAGCUUUUAUUUUCAAAUAAACUUUGGCACCAACAUUCUCGUAUCUCUCCUGGACUGCUUAGUGCCCCUCUGAACUAUGUCUUAUAACAAUGUAGUUCAUCUUUCAGAAACUCUGUAUUUUCAAUUUAAGAUGAAAGACAAUAUUUUAAAACUAAUAUUGCCUUUUUACAUCUUUAAUUUUGGGAUAAAGACAAAUGAUUUGUGUCUACUGUAGUUACUGAACUGGAUUCACUGCUAACUUUAGGAAGAAUGCAGCUCAGUAAAGAUUUUUUUCUUUUUGCUUUGCCAAGCAUUUGAUCCCAUUUUUCAUAUUUUAAUAUUUAUGUUCUGCAUUUUGUUGGAGAACAAUCAUUACUGUGGCAUUCAUGUAUGCUUUAUAUUUGUUCUACUAUUAUCUAUUGCAAAAAUGAAUGCAAUCAAAUUUUAAUGUAACUAAAUAUACUUCAGCACUUUUUUUGCUUUAAACUGGAUCAUUUUAAGAUAAAACUUAUUUGUACCUUCAAGAUUUGAUUGUUUUCUUCAAAAUGACUGCACUAUCUAUAUGCAUAAGACCACUUUUUAUUACAACAUUUUUUCCCUUUUUAAGUAGUAAUUUUGAUGUGUUGUGUUUUACAGAUGUUGAGUUUAUUUAAAAUUGAUAGCAUAUCUUUUCCUUCCAUGUCUUGAUGUUAUGCAGAAAGUACAAAAGUACUUUAAAAUUUUGUUAUGAAAAAGAUG